UAGGUUGUUGCUAUGUUACGUGUUUAUAAACAGAAUUGUUACUUGCUUAUAAACAGUACUUUGUUAUCAAGCUGUGUUUGCGUUAAAAACGUGUUUUCUACCCCAAAUAUAAUGGAGCAGAUUUUGAAGAAAGCUGAAAAAGCAAGAGAAUCAUUAAUUCCAUCGAAAAGUGAAGCCGUAUACCAAAAAGAAUACAAGAUAUAUCUGGAGUGGCUGACACGGAAUAAUGUUAUGCCAAAAGAUGCCACUGAAACUGUAUUACUGGCAUAUUUUCAAGAAUUGUCAGAAACGUAUAGUCCGAAUUCUUUAUGGACUAAAUGGUCAAUGCUAAAAUCGAAGGUGAAUAUACAUGAGAAACGAGAUAUCGCCAAGUUCAAUGAACUAGAGGCUUUUUUGAAACGGAAGAGUAAGAGUUAUAAGCCGAAAAAGUCUGCUGUUUUAUCUCCUAAUGAUGUUAUCAGAUUUCUAAAGAACGCUCCUAAUGAAAUUCAUUUAUUGCAUAAGGUUGUUUUGAUUAUGGGUUAUUUUGGAGGAUGCAGAAGUCAGGAACUUUUGAAUAUGAAGAUAUCGGAUAUAGAGGACCGGGAUUCCGUUAUGGUAGUGAACGUACCGGAAAGUAAAACUGGUGUAUCGAAGAAAUUUACAAUUGUGGAUGAAAAAGAGUUCUCUGCUUUGCCUUUAUUAAGACUUUAUAUGUCUUUGCGUCCUAAAGGUAUUGAACGAUUUUUUUUNUCUAUUCUUGCCUACAACAUUUACUUGAAACAUUUUUGUUAUUUUUUGAAAGUCACAAAAAUUGUGCUGCCGCAACAAGAUUGUACCAUGAGAGAUAUCCAAAUCGCCGGGUCCCCCACAGGCAAACUUUUUCAGCCGUGGAAAGAAGGUUGCGAGAAACUGGCCAAAUUCAACCUAAGCGUGAGGGUAAUGGACAAAGACGGUACCUAUAUCAGAAAUGUAAACCUUGAAGAAGCUAUACUUACCAAUUUAGAAGAAAAUCCUCAAACAAGUACAAGAAGACUGGCUACACAGUACAACGUUUCGCAAAGCCUUGUUUGGAACUUGAUUCAUGAUAACCUUUUACGCCCUUUUCACCACCAGCCGGUUCAAGAGUUAACUGCAAAUGAUUUACCU